AAGAGUGCAACUUAAUAGGAACGGGUAUCUUUUUAUAACGGAUGACUGACAGCAUUCAAAAUAUAACAAGAAUUUAAACAUCUAACUGGAGAUAAAAUCUUAUCAGGGGGGGGGGGUUCGCAUUAAUAUCCGCCCAUGAAUAUUCACGAAGAGACGGAAAGUUUGAGUUUUCAGAUCCUGCAUUCUGAUUGGUGAUGGUGGGGAUUUAUGAGCCGUCAAGCUCAGCUGAAGAUCUGUAUAAAGCUGAGGCUGUCAUAAACCUGAAACACAAACCCACAGAAUCAGCAAACAGCCUCCUGUUUCAAGUCCUUGGUUUGAUUCAAAGUGCAGACAUGCUCCUGAAAAGCGGAUUCGUUUUACUCGUUUUGGUUGCAUCUGUGCUUGGAACGGAUCAAGAACCUGCACAACCAAGACGGGCACGCUUCUCAGCCAACAGCCCUACUGAUGUUGCCCGCUGUCUGAACGGGGCUCUGCAGGUGGGCUGCGCAGCUUUCGCCUGUCUGGAGAACUCGACCUGCGACACUGACGGCAUGCACGAGAUCUGCAACGCCUUCCUCCACACUGCUGCGAUUUUCAACACAGAGGGCAAGACGUUUGUGAAAGAGAGCAUCAAGUGCAUCGCCAACGGUGUCACCUCUAAGGUCUUCCAGACCAUCAAACGCUGUUCCACCUUCCAGAAGAUGAUCGCCGAAGUGCAGGAGGAAUGCUACAAGAAGCUUGACAUCUGCGAGGUGGCCAGAUCCAACCCUGAGGCCAUCGGAGACGUGGUCCAGGUGCCCAGCCACUUCCCAAACAGGUACUACAGCACACUUCUGCAGAGCUUGAUGGAGUGCGAUGAAGACACCGUGGAGGUGGUGCGAGCCGGGCUGGUGGCCAGACUGGGACCUGAUAUGACCACGCUCUUCCAGCUGCUUCAAAACAAGCCCUGCCCUCCCGAACCUGCUGCCGCCGGGUCUUCUGGGAUGGAGGGCCACACCGGCUUCCGCUGGCCUCCCAUGUUCAAGAUCCAGCCCAGCCUGCGCAACAGGGACCCCACUCACCUCUUCGCCAGGAAACGCUCCGUUGAAGGGAGCUCUUAAGGGUCACUUCUUCACAACUCUCCAUUUGCAGAAUGCAUGUAUAAGAGGAAGAUGGUAAUAAGUAGUUAGUGCGUUAAAAUGUAGUUUUAUAACAGGACACAAUGGAAAUCUUUGCUUAGUUCACAAACAACUACUUGAUUCUUUAAUUGCAUUACAUUAAAUAUGCAUGCCAAUGUCAUUUAUAGCAGAAAAAUAUUUUAGACUCUGCAUUUUUGGUUUAUGGCCUAAUGCAUGAGAAAAUUAUUUGUGAUGUGCAGGAUAUAUAUCACGAAAUUUUGAAAAAGGAUACCUGUCAUCUUAAUCGACUUAUAGUGGCAGGACAGAAGUAUUUAUUAGUGUACGCUGAAAGUAAUUUAUAUUUAUUUUUCCUACCAAAUGUAAUUUAUAUAGUGUAUUAUUGUUUAUUGUUAACUGAAAUGACAACGAAUUGAAAUAGUCUUUGAAAGAGAGAGCGAAAACUACAUAUUUCAGUAUAUGUUUCAGAUAUGUUUCCUAUGCUGGUCACAGGAAAUAUUAUAUAUGACUAAGAAGGGCAUACUUUGUUAAUGUUGGUGAUGUUGUAUAGUUGAUGUGCUUCAAUGUAGAAAUAAAA